GAGAAUUUAUUUAAACCACUUGACUUGAAGGGUUCAAUUUUAAAAUUGAUCGCCUCCAAGGGCGUGGUUCGAACAAAUUAAUUCUAAAUGGCAACACCACGGUUUUUUAACCAGUUUUCGCUGCCAGUGUGACGUUGACAACAAUGCGCGUUCUAUAUCAUCGUUAAAAAAAGCUAAAACAGUCCGCACAGGUGUGAAAUUGCGCGUGAAUGGUGUUCUAGCGAUUUAUUAAUAAAGUUGAUUCGCGACCAGCCACAAUGACCUCUUCGGUGGCAAUUCGCUACACCAGAAACCUCUUUUUGAGGUCGUUCUGUGCUGUGUAUCUAGCAGUGUUCGUCUCAAUAUAUUACCAGGCGCCAGGCCUGUACGGGGACCAUGGAGUGCUGCCUGCCAGGGCUGUGUUGGAAAACAGCCACUAUAAAACGCUGUCUGCCAAAAUCCACUACAAAUCCACUCUAUUAUGGCUGGCCCCCUAUUUGGGGCUGAGCACUAGCGCUGCUAUCGACGUGCUGGCUUUGCUGGGCAUAUUUUUUGCGUUCACCGGGCUGGUGUCCCAGAAGUUUUGCAUUGUUCCCGUGUUUACUGCAAUGUGGUCCUUGUUUUUCUCCAUCUACCAGGUCGGACAGGUGUUUGUGGCCAACAACUAUGACGAACUUCUACUGGAGGCAGGGUUUCUUGCUGUUUUUAUUGCCCCCUUUUUACCCCAUCGGCGCAAAGUGAAAACUCCCCAUCUGGACAUGAUCAGUUUCUGGUUGUGCCGGUUUUUGGCCUUUCGGGUGCUCACCGGCAGCGUCCUAAAGUUGCUGAGUGGAUGUCCCAAAUGGUGGAGUUUAAUGGCCUUAAAGUCCUACUUUGAGACUAUGCCGCUGCCCAGUCCGCUUGCCAGGAUGGCCUUCGAUUUGCCCUACUGGUUUCUGGAAGUGUCCACCGUCUACACCAUUGUGUGCGAGCUGGCAGUGCCCUUUCUGUUCUUCUGGCCUGGACGCACGGCGAAGAUCACCGCUUUCUAUGCCCAGGUCUUGUUGCAACUGGGAAUCUUGGCAACCGGCAACUUCGGGCACGCCAACAGCUUGAUGAUUGCGAUCAUGCUGUCGCUGUUGGACGAUCAGUUUUUCUACGGGAAACAGAAGCCCCGAACCGUCCUCAACGUCUUGGACGUGGUUCUAACCGGGGUGCUAUGGAUUGCUCUGUUUUGCGGAACUGUCCACUUCUUUGGGCUGCGUUUCAGUACGGGUGGCGUGCGGGCGGAAAUCAGUUUCACCAAAAUGCAGUUCAGCACCCUGAUAGAAAACGCGCUGCCAUUGGUGGUCCUGCUCCUUAUCGCCAGCUUCCUGCUGGUCGUUGCCAGGAGCACGUACCAAGUACUGUUCGGCCAAACCAACUCCUCCAGGAAUCCGGUUUGGGGAUUUUGCGUGACUGUUUUCUACACCAUUGUGGGCGCACUGAUUCUGACAUCCAGUUCGACUUCGCUGCUGUCGCUGCACCCCAAGACCAACGCGACCGCAAUUUCUUCCCUCCAAAGGGCUGCCUACAAUCGGCUGCACAAAACGCACAUUGUGAACGACUACCGCUGGACGCCCCAAUUGGCUGACUAUGGUGGGCGGCCGGAGAUCAUUCUGGAGGGCGCCAAUCAUGUGGACGGGCCUUGGAAGGAAUACAACUUGCUUUUCAAACCGGGAAAUGUCAACCAAUCCUUGCCAAUGCUUGGCCUCUACUUGCCCCGACUGGACUGGCAGUUUUACUGGGCGGCCCAAAGCACUGCCGACAAACAGCCCUGGCUGCUAUCUUUAACCCACCGAUUGCUGCAUGGCAAUCCCGAUGUUCUCCACCUAAUUGACAGCUCGGAUUUGCCGUUUUCCACUCCGCCGAAGUACAUCAGAGGCGUUCUGUACAAGUACAAGUUCCAAACGGCCAUGUUUAAAGGCGCGUGGUGGGUGAGGGAGCAAGUGGGCGAGUAUUUCCCGGCCCACUCCAAAGAUUCGCCAGCGCUGGAAGACUACCUGCGGGCGAGGAAUUUGCUGCCGGCUGCAAAACCGCAGCCGCUCCAUCCGGCGUGGAAACGCGUUUUGGACCCCAUUCGCCAGUUGAGCAACCAGUUCGAGGGUUCCUUGCUCGUGUGGGCCGUGUUGGCCACCGCUUUCGCCAUCAUAGUCAGCAUCAACAGCCGCUAAGAACUGACUGAUCAAAUCGAACCCCAGGACUGUCUCUCUGGAUCUUUGGACUGUUUUAGACGGCAAGUUGCUUCGUUUUAACUUCGUUUAAUCGUCAACUUGACCAGUUUAGGGUGUUUGUUCUCGAGCAGUGGAGUCCCCGGGCUGGUUUGUUCUUGCCCCAUCUCUUGACGGUAGUUGUUUUUGGGUAUCAAUCACUCGCACUUUGAAUCUGGGCAUUGACUAAUAUUAUGUUAAGUUUACUCAUUAAGCAGUAGUUGGAUUGUUUGCUCUCUGGCCUCAAACCACUGAAUAAUUUAUAGACUGUCUAGGAAAUCUCAAUUGAUGGAUUGCGUCGUUUCGAGUCCACUUUUUACUUUUAAGAUUGUACACAUUUUAUUCUACAAAUAAACCGUCUAAGUGUCA